AUGGCAGACCCCAGCUCACUCUUGGUCACUGAUGGGGCAGUGCUGAGUCAGGCUGAAGUUGAUCAAUAUAUCCUCUCUGGCUUGGCUGAAGUGGAUGCAUGUGAGUUGGGGUUCACAAGGAAGUAUGACCUCAUCCCAUCCAUCGUCUGCUCAGUAUGCCUUUUGUUAGGCCUAAUCUACUGCUUUUUUGGAUACCGCUGCUUUAAGAUGGUCAUGUUCCUGUCAGGCUUCAUGUUUGGAUCUGCGCUAGUCUGCCUGUUGUACCUUAAGGAGCCUGUGCUGGAUACCCAGUUGACUAUGGAGACCAAAGCAGGUAUCCUCCUGGGAGUGUCUGUACUCUGUGCCCUGGUAACUAUGCUGGUACAGACUGUGGGGCUCAUCAUUACUGGCCUAGAGCUGGGGUUUCUGCUCACCCUUGCCAACCUACUGGUUGUCAGACAGUUUUACAGUCUUACCCCACUAUGGGUGCCUCUCGGUGCCCUCCUAGCCACGAGCACCUUUUGUGCCACUCUCACACUGCAGUGGCAGAAACUAUUCACUGUGCUCGCCACGGCUGCAGUCGGAGCCGCUGUGGUGAUGGCAUGCGUGGACUACUUUGUAGAGACGUCUCUGCUGGCUGGCCAUGCGUACGACAUCCUGUCUCAGGUUCCCCCUCGGCCCCUCUGCUGGUACAGCUGGGUUAUAACAGGCGUGUUUCCUCUAUUUAGUCUGAUGGGGGUAAUGGUGCAAUUGAUGCUCACUGCCAAAGGACUGUCACACACAGAAGUACCUGUCAGUGGACGACAAAGACAGGUCCAACUGAUGCGAAUCAGACAGAGAGAUGCCCAGAGACGACCCCAGCUGGGCACUUACCGCCAUCGCAAGCCUCCAAUUCUAAAGCGUUAUGCUGGAGACAUCCUGGCCCCAAGUUACAUCCAGAGCCUUCGUGACCGCCAGAUGGGUACAGGCUCCUCUAGCAGCAGCAUCAUCAGCAACAGCACAGUCAACCACACCACGAUAGACUUCGACUUUGAGACAGGCUUCAUGGUUCCCCUGAAUGCCUCCUCCCUAGUCUACAGGGUCUGAGGGACGAACACCAAAUAGUAGGCAUCACCUCCCAGUUCCACUAAGAUGCCCAACACCUCUCUCCAGCAGACAAUUCAUACACUGCUGUAAAAAGAAAAACAGACUGUCUCAAGAAUCAAGAGAUUCAGCCAACUAAUUCACCUUGUUGUUUUGUUUAUUAUUCUGUCUUUGUAAAGGUAUCUGACAGUCAAUCGUAAUAUAACCAUUGAUCAUUCCUCAAAUAAAUAAAAUUGCUUUAUUUUGGUCA